CCUGACCACUUUGCGCGCGUUCCGCGACAGCCUCGGAGACGUGUCAGCCUGUUUGUCUGCGGCACAGGCAGGCACAUUUGGCCUCAUUUCUACCGGCCGAAGGGGAGGGGGGUGGUGUCGCCGGGCAGAAGCGACGAGGGGUUGCAGCAAAAAAAACAUGUCUCUGCCAAAAAGGGUUGUCGAGCCGGCCGACUGGAUGUUUCUGGCCCGACCGAGCAUGUACGAGGGCAUUGGCAGUGGCGUCUGUCGGUGCUUUGAUGGCCGGCCAGACGAGACGGACAGGCACCGCAAAGAGCCGAACCCGUCGGCCUGUCGUUGUGGUACCAUCUGCCGGUUCACUCGCACAGCCGCACAGUCGCCCACUCAGUCUUGCACAGACGCCCGGCCGGCUGGCAGUUGGUACGGUCCGAUCAACGAGACCGGCUUCGCUUGUCCCAUUUAUUGUCCAUCCGACGGAGGAGAAGAAGAAGAAGAAGAAGAAGAAGAAGAAGAAGGAGGAGGAGGAGGAGGAGGAAAAGAG